AUGAGACUUCUUUACACCACCAUUCUUUCGCUUCCUUUUACCUUCGCUUCUCAAAUCAUCACACUUUCUUCACGUGCAGAUUCCGCCUCCAGCUGCACCGACACACAUAUUUUCCUCGCUAAAGGCAACAACGAACCGUAUCCUGGCCGACAAGGGAAACUGGUCAAUUCGAUAUGUUCUGGCCUAUCAAGUUGUGACUAUGAAGAUAUUCUCUUCUACAACCCUGUCGAGUCCGGAUACUGUGACUCGGUAAUUGAGGGAGCGGCCAAUGGUAUCGCGCAGAUAAUUGCUUAUAAUAAGAGAUGCCCUGGUGCUAGUCUGGUGAUUAGUGGAUAUUCUCAGGGUGCUCAUAUUGUGGGAGAUAUUCUUGGAGGAGGUGGUGGAACGUUUUUUCAGGGGUGUGUUCAAGGUGCUAUCGGGGGUUUGGAUGUCAAAUCUGCAGCAGGAAAGAAGAUCUCCGCCGUGUUGAUUUGGGGGUCGACCAGACAUACUGCUUCUCAGCCCUACAAUGUCUUCAGCGGUGCUGACGGCAAAGGACUCUUUCCUCGCCCAGAAUCCCAGCUCGCAGCAAUGGCUCAAUGGACUUCCGUACUGCACGACUACUGCGUCUCGACUGAUCCAAUCUGUGCUGGAGGUAAAGAUGGAGCUACGCAUCUUAAUUACUUCGAUCUGUACUCGGACGUGGCUGCUGAGUGGGCCAAGAGCCAGGUUGGAUCCGCUGCAGAACCGACCACUGUAGCUUCCAGCACAUCGGCGAGCACGAGUAGUGGAGUUGCCAGUUCGUCAAGUUCGAGUUUAGAUGCUACAAGUCUCACUGUGUCCGCAAUCCCAACGCCCACGAAAAGUGUGGAAGUGACUGUCAGCUCUGCUUCUGUCUCAUUGACUUCGACAGCUGACUCGGCGGCGUCAACUUCAGCAUCGACGUCUCCGACGUCCACGUCAUCGUCAGGUGGUGCGAUUCCGACAUCGUAUGGCCUCAAUCUGCUAGGAUUAGCUUUUGCAGGCUCCAUUGUUGCGCAUAUUUGA